AUCAAACAAGACGCCGAUAAAGCGUUCAAAUCAAAAUACUAUUUAUUGUUAUUUAAAAAAUAUUGUAAUGACGUACUUUAAAUCCUGAUUAGUUAAUAUAUUUUAUACAUAAUAGGCAACUAUGGCAGACCUCUCAGAAGUAGAAAGUUCAGGACGAUUCUCUAGGCCAUCGCUAGCGCAAGUUAAGGCAGUAAUAGACUUCAUGCAAAAGCACCCUGAACUAGCUAACAGAAAGUUUCGAUAUGGUAUGAAUCACGAAAAAUUUAAGAAACUAUGGUUUGAACUAUCUAGUAUGGCAAAUUCGCUUAAUGGAGCUGUAAAAUCCACUAAAGGCUGGAUAAAAUUUUGGUCAGACAAGAGGAGAAGUAUAAGGCUAAAACAAAAGCAAAUAGAUGAAGGAAAACUUGAUGAUAGGCUGACACCAUUAGAAAAGAAGAUUCUAGAAUUAGCGGUAGCCGACUAUUCAAUAUCAACUAAGAAAAAGAAAGGUGUGAAACAAGAACCAGUGAAUGGAGAGGAUGAUGAAGAUUCUAAUGAUGACUCCUUCCUGAAGGAGAUUGAGGAGAUGGAGUUCCCCGGAGAAACUAGCAAGCUGCUGGUCACAGAGGCUGAUGAGAGGCAAAUGUCUAUUAUGGAGAAACUGGUGGAAGUAAUGGACCAACAAGCAGUUGCCAUGAACCAGCUGGCACAAGCCUCCCUCAGCAACUCCAAAGCUAUGGAACGACUGGCAGAGGCAUCACACAUACAAGCCCUAGCUGUGGACAGACUCGCGAACUCGUUCGACAGCAUCAGCGCCUCCGUGCACGACGUGCGCAACGCCAUCAUGAGCAUAGACUACACCAUGAAGCGGUGCUACAGCGCCACAACCACGCAGCACAGGCAAAACUCUAAUAUAUUUAGUUAACUGACAUGUAGUUCCUAUCUUUGGUAUUGUGUUUGUGCAAUUUAAGUUAGUUUAUAUCUUAGAAGGAAUAGCAGCAACUA